GAAUAAUAUAAGAUGGAAUAGGAUAGUUGUUAGAGAAAAAAAAAUAGAAAAUACUAUAUUAUAGGUGAUCUUAUGCGUACGUGGCUGUUCCACAAAAGUGCUUCUCCUACUCCAAUAAUGCAGCUGGCGAUCGAUGGAUGUGCCAAUCAGCAACUGCCCCGCGCGCGAGUUAAUUGGCUGUUGCCGCGCAGUGCGGCCGUACGCCCGCGCAGGCACGGAUCGCUAUCGCGGCCGCAGCAGCCGCAGCGUCUGAGACGGCGCGAAUCCGCCACCACUCCCUCCUCUGCCGUCCCCAUCUUGCUGCAAGAUUCAUUUCAUUUCAGCCCCAGCGAGGCAUCAAUCAACGGGAAAGAGAAAGGCAGCGAGGAUUGCAGCUGCGUCGCAACUCGCAAGGACGGAGCCGCACAUGCCAUGGGGAUGCUUGCGCCAUAUGGUACCCUGACCCGGGCUGCAGCCUUGCCGAUCGCUUUGCUUGUCCCCUUUUGAUCCCAGUAAAACGUUACUGCCAUGCCAUGGUUAGCUUAACACCGUGCAGCCCCGCGGUCUUCCUCCUCUUUUUACUGCGCCGGUAACGCCACCCCCUCCGGCCUCCGUACACGUGCUGUGCUAGCUACUUAAGCAAGCCAUGAGCGGGCACAGCGGCAGCGGCAGCGGCAGCUCAGCUUGCGUGGCUGCGCAGGAUCCGCUCGACAGAGCGCGCGGGUAGUCAGUCACUCACAGCACCAGCAUUCAAUUAACUCGGGCCACCACCACCGCGGCUUGCCACCUCCAUAUCAACCAGCUCUGAGCUUGUCACUCUGCUCUGCGGCGUUCCUUUUGUGCGCGCAGCUCGAUCAGCUCGGCGCCGUCGUGAGAUGAGCCGUGCGCAGACGGGCGGGGGCGGGGGCGCGGGCGGGGGCGGCGCGGCGAGGCUCAAGGCGUCGCCGCGGGCGCUCUUCUCCUGCGGCAUCUUCAGCACCUGCACCCACCCGGCGCUCAGCCCGACGGCGACUCCCAACAACAAUGCGGUGCCGGGGAGCAGUACUGUCAAGGCUGGUGGCUCGACCACGCCCUGCGCCGAGGCUUCCGCAUCGCCGGUGCUGGAGGCGGCGGCGACGCCACCGCCUCCGCAGCAGCGGCAUCAGCGGAUGCAGAGGAAUGUCGGGCCGUCGGCGUCGUCGUCUUCGUCCUCGUCGUCGGCGUCGCAGAGCUUCACGCAGUGGAGGCUGCCGGUGCACCACCCGCCGCAGGCGUCCGCGUCCGCGUCGGCGUGUGGGGGAGAAGCCGGGGACGCGCUGUUGAGCGCGGAGGAGAAGUUCGCGGCGGGGGAGGUGGUGUCGGCGCUGCGGACGGUGGAGAGGGAGAUGGAGGCCGCGGCGAGGGCGGUGCCGGCGGGGGUCGUGGCCGGAGUGGUGGCCGCGGUGCGGGGGCCGGCGACGGCGAGGCUGGCGGCGAAGGUGCUGCUGGUCGUGCUGCUGGAGGAGAGGAACAGGGAGACGGCGGUGGAGGCGGGUGCAGCGUCGGCCGCCGUGGAGGCGGUGGCGGCGUCCGGGCCGGCGGGGGCCACGGCAGAGCGCGCGCUGGCCGCGCUGGAGCUUCUGUGCACAGCCCCCGGCGGCGCCGUGGCGGUGCGGAGGGAGGCCCUUGCGGCGCCCGUGCUGGCACGGGCGGUCGAGGGGAUGGCCGGCCGCGGUCGGGAGUGCGCCAUCGGCGUCCUGGCAGCCAUUUACGGCGGCGGCGGCGGCGGCGGCAUCGAGGACGGGUCAUCGCCGCCCCCGCCGGAUGUAGUGAAGGCGGUGGUGGCGGCGAUGCAGGGGGAGUGCAGCGCGCGAGGACGGCGCAAGGGCGCUCAGCUGCUGCGCGCGCUGCAGGAGGGCGGCCGCCUGGGACUCGCGUGGGACGGCGUCGGCGACCACUGACACGCGGGCCGCGUCUGCCAGCCUCCCAACCUGACGCAUAGAUCUCAAGUGUGCUCUCCGCUUACACGCGGGCCCCUGUGGCAGUGACCAAUUAGGUGGUUGCACUGCGGCCGAGACCACUGAAGCGUGGGCCCGCGUGAGGACGUGAAGGAGCAGUGACUUGGCUUUGGUUCAGCGAUCAUGCUCAGGGAAACGGUCGGUUGGGUGAUUGAUUUGUGGUCACCUUUUGCAGCCUGUGAUUUGUACCAUCUUUCUCGUGAAAAUUUAUGGCUCGCAUGACGCAUCUGGCACCCACUCUUCUCUUCGUUUGUUGCUAGUAGGUCGCAUGAAAGUUUAUCUGUAGAGUCCGCUCCAGAUUAGCUCCAAACAGAGGCUCAUUUAACUCUCGACAAAAGUCAUCAUUUGCAUAACGCUCUCUGCAAAUAUGUUGAGAUCAUAGUAUCCCCACACCCCAUAGUUGUUCCUCCUGUUCCU